ACUGAGGUUAGGCAAUCAGGGGGAUAAAAUAGGAACCCAAAUGUUCACGGAGGAUUAGAUCCUGAGCACAGAAAAUAGCGUGAGGUCCUUGCCCAAGGGACAGAGAUACAUUGGUGAAGAUCCACGUCAACAUGAAACUUGAAGCCACUUUGCUGUGUGUCCUUCUGUACCUUACCACUGGAGGCUGUGAUCGGGUAUAUGUUCACCCCUUUUAUCUGGUCUCCCUUAAUAAUACUGAUGCCAACAGCUGCAAAGAGCUGGAAGAAAGAGAAAGAGAACAGCUGGUGAAGAUGUUCGUUCCCCUCUCAAUUGAGUCUCAUUUCACUUCAACAUAUGAAGAGACUCUGAGGAACAAGAGUGAGGAGGAAGAGAAACGCUUGGGUGUGAACUUCUUGAAAGACCCCAUUUAUGUAACUGGGGCCCGUUUUUACAAAGAGCUGAAGCGAAUACACAAAAGCAGCAACAUUAUCAUCUCUCCUAUAUUCAUAUAUGAGACUUUGUUUUCCAUUUAUUUAGGGGCCUCUGGACAAACAGCAAUUGAUUUGCAGAUUUUAUUAGGGUUUGACCCGCCAUCCAGAGUCUCAAGCUGUAACUUCAAAAUAGAUGGACAUAAAGUUCUCUUUGCUUUGAAGAUCAUCCUAAAUGCCCCAUUACGCUCCAGGGACACCGAGGGACUGACUUUCUCCAAGCUUUUGUGUCUUUUCUCUGCUCCUGGUACCCAUUUAUCUGAGUCUUUUGUCCAUGAAUUGGCCUUUCCAGAUGUCAGUUUCUACGUACGAGCUGUGGAUUUCACCAACCCCACAGAGGCAGCAAAACAAAUAAAUGCUUUUGUUGAAAGAAAGAGUACAUACAGAAGCAAGGGGUUGCUGGCUGACAUUGAUCAGGAAACCACUCUACUGUUGGCAACUUACACUCAUUUCAAAGCUGUAAUAAAUGGAGCAUCCUCACUGAAAGAACCUCAAGAAUUCUGGGUGGAUUCCCACACUAAGAUCUAUGUUCCUAUGAUGACAAUAACUAGAAUCUUGAAGCAUAAAUAUCAUCCAGGCCUUUCUAUUGUCAAAAUUCCUGUCAGCAAGAGCGUAUUUCUGCUGCUUUUACAGCCCAGUAACAGCAGUGAGCUGGCUAGUGAUGAAGAUCAAUAUCCUUUGACACCUUCUUUGGAAUGGCUUCAAGGUUUGGAGUCAAAACAAAUUCACUUGACUUUCCCAAAGGUGUCCUUCACAAGCAUGUACGAUCUUCAGGACCUCCUUGCAAAACACGGGAUGCCUAACCUGCUUGGAAAAGAAGCCAAUCUCAGAUUGCUCAGCAGCAGUAACGUGACCAUUGGAAAGAUCAUAACUCAGCAACAUUUUGAGCUCAGCCCCAGUGAAGCAGAGCAAGUAGAAGCUCACACAGAAGAAAAUGCCAGCGGGACGCUCAAAAUGACAUUGGACAAGCCGUUCCUGUUUGCAGUGUAUGAACAAGAAUCAGCUGCGUUGAUUUAUUUUGGCCAAAUAACAAAUCCCCUAAAAGAAACAUAAAUUCUGGAUGGGGGGAAAUAGUUUUCUUUAAUCCUUUAAUCUUUUUCCUACUUGGUUUUUAUGUUACUAAGCUGUGGUUUUUGUCUAUUUUGAAAAGAAAACUAAUGCAUCUUUCAAAUAUGGAAUUGACAAAUUGAUCAAUAAAACUUUCUAAAAAAAUUA